AUGUCGGCAUUAUCAGAUAGUUGGCAAGAGAGCAGAACACCACGAAGCCAUGAAAGCUAUAUUGCAGUUCUCACCAAGUUCACGCCAUCAUGGUCAGCAGGGGAAGAUAGCAAUGGACCUCUGUGUGAAACUAUUUCAAACACAGAAUCAGAACUUCCAAGCAACUCUGAGGGCCUAAGCAGCACUGAGACCACUUUACUCAUCCCUGAUCAUCAAGUGACCGGAAGGAGAUUCAAUAUGUUCCUGAAGCGACGUCUCAGGAUUAGCAAGAAACACCAAAGCAAAGAUUCUGUUUUCUUCAGGGAUGGUGUCCGGCGAAUUGACUUUGUACUCUCUUAUGUGGAUGAGCCAAAUAAAGAAGAGGAAAAGAAGGUGGAAAGAAGGCGAGAAUUUGAGAAAAAUCUACAAAAGUCUGGUCUGGAACUAGAAACAGAAGACAAAAAGGAAUCUGAAGAUGGCAAAACGUAUUUUGUGAAGAUUCAUGCCCCAUGGGAGAUUCUGAUCACGUAUGCUGAAGUGCUGAACAUCAAAGUGCCCAUCAGAGAAAAUGAUAUUCCCUCUAGUGUAGAGAACCCAUUGGACUGUAUGCUUGGACCAUUUAGGCUACCCGAGAAGGUGAUGCACCCUGAACCAGACUACUUCACAGCACCGUUCAGCAAAAGUAGGCAGGAGCUCUACCUCAUUCAUGAUGAGAAUACCUUCUUCUCACCCUCCAUAAGAAACAGAAUAGUAUACUAUAUUUUAACACGAUGCCCCUAUGGAACAGAAGAAGGGAAGAAAAAAUUUGGGAUUAAAAGGUUGUUAAGUAAUGGCACCUACACAGCUGCUUACCCUCUCCAUGAUUGCCAAUACUGGAAGAAGGCAAAUGAUCCUAACUGUGACAAUGAGAGAUACACAUUGUACAUGGAGUGGGCUAGAUUUUUACGGUUUUACAAGGAGCAGCCUUUGGAUCUCAUUAGGAAAUACUAUGGAGAGAAGAUUGGAAUCUAUUUUGCCUGGCUGGGUUUCUAUACAGAAAUGCUAUUCCUUGCAGCAGUGGUUGGCUUAAUCUGUUUUCUGUAUGGUUGGUUUACAAUGGCUGAAAACAUGAGCAGCGAAGAAAUAUGUGACCCUGAGAUUGGAGGAAAGAUUAUCAUGUGCCCUCUGUGUGACAAGAAGUGUGAGUACUGGAAGCUGAAUACCACAUGUGAAUCCUCAAAGUACUCCCAUUUGUUUGAUAACGUGGCAACACUUUUUUUUGCAAUUUUCAUGGGCAUAUGGGUUACACUUUUCUUGGAGUUUUGGAAGCGGCGACAAGCUAGACUCAAAUAUGAAUGGGAUUUGGUUGAUUUUGAAGAGGAACAACAGCAGCUCCAGCUGAGGCCAGAAUAUGAAGCCAAAUGUACACAUAAGAAAAAGAAUCCAGUGACUCAGGAGGUGGAGCCUUAUUUGCCUCUAACUAGACAGACUGUACGGUUCUGCAUCUCAGGAACUACAGUGUUGUUCUGGAUUUCUCUGAUCAUAGCUAGUAUGACAGCUGUGAUAGCAUACCGUCUUGCAGUCUAUGCUUCCUUUGCCCAAAUCAUGGAGACUACACAAACUCUGCAACCCAUCCGUGGAUUACUGACCCCUCAGUUGGCAACCUCAGUCACCGCAUCAUGCCUGAACUUUGUCAUCAUCAUGAUACUGAAUUUCUUAUAUGAGAAAAUAGCGGUCUGGAUCACUGAUAUGGAAAUCCCAAGAACUCACCUGGAGUAUGAGAACAGACUCACUAUGAAGAUGUUCCUGUUCCAGUUUGUCAACUACUACUCGUCCUGCUUCUAUGUGGCUUUCUUCAAAGGGAAAUUUGUGGGAAACCCUAGCAAUUACACAUACAUGUUUGGCAGCUUGAGAAAUGAAGAGUGUGAUCCUGCAGGCUGCCUGAUUGAAUUGACGACUCAGCUCACCAUAGUUAUGGCCGGGAAACAGAUUUGGGGAAAUAUACAAGAGGCCAUUGUACCCUGGAUUUGGAAUUGGUGGGGACGCAGGAAAGCCAGAUGUAAUCCAGAAAAUUUAUAUAGUCGCUGGGAGCAGGAUCGUGAUCUGCAGAGCUUUGGAGUCUUGGGGCUAUUCUAUGAAUAUCUAGAAAUGGUCAUUCAGUUUGGAUUUAUUACUCUGUUUGUGGCCUCUUUUCCACUGGCUCCCCUUCUUGCUCUGAUGAAUAAUAUCUUGGAGAUUCGAGUAGAUUCCUGGAAGCUUACCACUCAAUUCAGGAGGCCUGUUGCUGCCAAAGCCCACAGCAUAGGAGUUUGGCAAGAAAUUCUAAAUGGAAUGGCCAUCUUGUCUGUUGUCACUAAUGCCUUUAUUGUAGCCUUCACAUCCGAUAUGAUCCCUCGUUUAGUUUACUACUAUGCCUAUUCUACAAAUGGAGAUUCACCCAUGUCUGGAUACAUUAACAACAGUCUAUCCGUGUUCCAAAUCUCUGAUUUUCCAGCAAACAAAACACCUGAAAAUAAUCCAGAGAACUUUCUCACAUGCAGGUACAGAGACUAUCGAAAUCCACCAGGCCACGAGAAGCAAUAUUUACACACUAUGCAGUUUUGGCAUAUUCUUGCUGCCAAAAUGGCUUUCAUAAUUAUAAUGGAGCAUAUUGUGUUUAUUGUUAAAUUCUUCGUGGCAUGGAUGAUUCCAGACGUUCCAGCGGAUGUGAAAGCCAGAAUAAAACGUGAAAAGUUCUUAACACAAAACAUUCUGCAUGAAUAUGAACUUGAAAAGCUGAAGCAGAAGCUGUGUGAAUGCAAGACGCAUGAAAACAUGGAAAAGGAAGUAAUUGCCACAGAAGGAAAAAUGGAGUUAUCCCAAGCAAUGUAGCUGGAGGAAUUAUCUGGUACAUUUUAGUCCCUGAAACUCUGAUCUUUAUUUAUCUGAGAUCUGCUCAGUAUGCAGUAUGUUGAAAACUAUAUGAUAAUUUUAACCCUUUGCUUUCAG